AUGGCGGCGCCCGUCCUGCCACUGCAGCAGGUGAAGCUUGCCUCGUUGCCUUCGACGCAACUCACGCCGGAGCAACAAUACUGGCGCACCUUCAAAAACCCUCUCCUGAUCCCCUCACCAGCCAAUGGACCCGUCAACCUCAUCACUCAGCCCGCCGUUCCCUCCUCUGCUGCGGCAUUCCCCUCCCUCACACAGCCGCCCGAUGUCUUCACCGUUACGACAGGCGCACGAGUCCAGAUCUACUCCAUUCGCACACGGAAACUCCUGCGAACAAUCACCCGAUUUGAAGAUACCGUGCGCAGUACGGAUGUUCGUCCCGAUGGUCGUGUCUUGGUAGCAGGUGACGAUACCGGUACCGUGCAGGUUUUCGACGUCAAGUCGCGCGCCAUUCUCAAGACAUGGAAGGAACACAAGCAACCCGUCUGGGUGAGCAAAUUCUCACCCAGUGACCCCACGUCGCUUCUCACGGCUAGUGACGACCGCACAGUGCGGACGUGGGAUCUGGCUUCGCAGAACAGUUCGCGGUCUUUUGUCGGCCAUACCGAUUACGUCCGUUCUGGUUCUUACAUGCCUGGCUCCAUGGCUUCAUCCGGCCUGGUUAUCACUGGUUCUUAUGAUCGCACUGUUCGUCUUUGGGAUCCCCGUGUGGCGACCCGUGCUGCUAUGACUUUCAAGAUGGGUGCGCCGGUUGAGAGCGUUCUGCCCAUGCCGGCUGGAACUACUGUUCUGGCUGCUGCCGAUAACAAGAUCGCUGUGCUGGAUAUUGUUGCUGGUAAGCCUUUGCAUAUGAUCCAGAGCCAUCAAAAGACAGUCACUGCCCUUGCGCUGGCUUCAAAUGGUGAGCGUUUGCUCUCUGGUGCGCUGGAUGGACACAUGAAGGUCUUCGAAACUACCGGAUGGAACCCCGUAUCUGGAUCCAAAUACCCGUCACCAAUUCUUUCACUUCGUGCGAUUACCUCCGGAACUGAACACGAAGAUAAGCACAUUGCUGUUGGUAUGCAGUCUGGUCUACUAUCGAUCAAGACCCGUCUCUCUGGCCAACAGAAGAUCAAGGAGAAGGAGCGCCGAAAGGAAAUGGCCGCUCUUAUGGAGGGCAAGUUGGAGGAGCAUGAUCGCGAAGUUGCCAAGCAGAAGAAGACCCGCGGUUCCGGUUGGGAUAAGCGUUUGCGCGGACGUGAUUUCAUCGGCGAGGGCGUGGAAAUUGUCAUUGAGGGACAAGACAGCAAGAAGCGCAAGAGAGAGGCACAAUGGGAGCAAGACCUUCGCAAAGCCCGCUACGCCAUUGCUUUGGACCAAGUGCUUGCCUCAGGCGACAAGACCUCCACCCUCACAUGUCUCACGGCCCUGCGCCACCGUUCUGCCCUGCGCGCUUCCCUCAAGGAUCGCGAUGAAGUCACCCUUCAACCCGUUCUCCAGUGGGUUCACAGCCACAUCCGUGAACCACGCCUGGUCGAUCUCAGUGUCGAGAUUGCCAUGAACCUCCUCGACAUCUACUCCGGUAACCUCGGCCAAUCUGCACAAAUCGACAAGAUGGUGGAGCGUCUCCAUGGCCGGGUCCGCAACGAGGUGGAGAUGGCCCAGCAGGCGUGGCAGACGAAGGGAAUGCUUGACAUGUUGAAGGCCUGA